UAUUUUCUAAUGAAAACAUAUUUAGGUCAUAUUCGUAAAGUUUGCUGUUACCUUGGGUGAAGAAGAAGAAGAAGAUGAGCAGCAACAGGCAUGGCCCUCCGAAGCACCAAAAUCGAUACGCCUGGAAACCAAACGCCGGCGUCAAGAUCAACGAAAAAGAAGUUGGUGGCAAACUAAGACCUUACUCUGAGAUAACUGGAGUUUGUCAACGAUGUAAAGAACAAAUUGAUUGGAAACGCCGUUACGGCAAAUACAAACCCCUCACUGAGCCGGCCAAGUGUCAAAGUUGUUCGAAGAGGGCUGUGCGUCAAGCAUAUCAUAGUUUGUGCUCUGGUUGUGCUAAAGAGCAAAAUGUAUGCGCAAAGUGUCGCUGCCGUGUGAAUCAUAUAGUUGGAAGAGAUCUUGCUGAAGUAGAGGCUGAGCAAAAGAUGCUUGAGGAGGCUAUUAAAAAUGCUCGAGAAAGGGAUCGCAGGACUCUUCUGCGUGCUAUGGAAAAAGGUAAAUCUAAUGAUUCUGAGAAAGCCCCAACUAACAAAAAUAAGGUUGGUGAAUUAUUUCCCACAGCAUCACUUGAUGAAUACGCUGCCAAAAGCAGAGGUUACAAAGGCAGCAACGGUAAUGAGGAUGGAAUUGAUGAAAUCAGUGAUAAAGAUGAUAAUUUUGAUGAUGUUGACGAUGAAGAUGAAGAUGAAGAUGAUAACGUUGAAGAUGAAGCCAGUGAUAGUGAUCUUGAUAAGGAACAUUAAGAUAAUGUUGAAGAUGGGAAUAGAAUUUGUAACUAACAGAAGUGUAAACUGUUUCACAGUUGCUGCUUAUAUUAUGUGGAUGCUGUUUCCCAACAACAGACGCUUGGCUGAUUGUAGGUUCUUUUGUUUUAAGUGAUUUGCUAAAAGAACAUAUAUACUAGGAAGCAGAUUUCCAUUUCUUCUGUUUAGGAUGUUAUUUCAUAGAAAUGGUGCAUAUUAUUGCACUGUAAGCUUUGUUCAAUGAAAAUUUUGUAUGCAAUAUGAAUCCAGAAAUUCUGAAUUACAGCCA